AUGGAUCGUUCACGACCCAUCGGCCGCUCCCAAGCAGAGGAGUAUGAGCCUCUCGCAACCUCGGACGACGCGGCGCUGGAGUCGUCCGCCAUCCUCCGCGACACCGACUUGAUUCCCUUCUCAUGGAUCGAAUACAGCAUCUUUGGCAUCCUCGGCGUCGCCAUGUUAUGGGCCUGGAACAUGUUCCUCGCCGCGGCGCCCUACUUCUCCUCGCGCUUCGCCGCGUCGCCCUCCAUCCAAAGCACGUUCCAAUCCGCCAUCCUCACCGUCUCGACAAUCACCAACCUCUCGGUGCUCCUCAUCCUCAGCAACAUCCAAUACUCGGCCUCGUACCCAUUCCGCAUCAACCUCGCCCUCAUAAUCAGCACCGUCGUCUUCGCACUCCUCACAUGCUCCACGACCUUGUUCCUCGGCGCCAGCCCCAGCGCAUACUUCGCCUUCCUCCUCGUAAUGGUCGCCCUGUCGUCCUGGGCGACGGGGCUCAUACAAAACGGCGCCUUCGCAUUCGCCGCCAGCUUCGGAAGGCCCGAGUACAUGCAGGCCCUCAUGGCGGGCCAAGGCGUGUCGGGGGUUCUGCCGGCCGUAGCACAAGUCUCGUCCGUGUUGCUGUUCCCUCCCGACAGGAGCGCAGCAGGCGACGCCGCGAGCGGAGGCGAGACGUCCGCCUUUUUCUACUUCCUCGCCGCGGUGGUGAUUUCCGUCGUCACGUUCGUCGCCCUCGUCCCUCUUGUCCGACGGCACAAUCGCCGCGUCGAAGACAAAAUGGUGCAGCGCAUGGCCGAGUCCAUCAACAGCAUCGAGGAGGCGGAGCGCGCCGCCAGAAAAGUCGUGUCCCUGUGGACGCUCUUCUUCAAGCUGCGCUGGCUGGCUGUCGGGGUGGCAGUCACCUUUGCCGUCACCAUGUUCUUCCCCGUGUUUACCGCCAAGAUCCACUCCGUCCAGGAGGGCGCGGGUGCCAUAUUCCGGCCGGCGGCGUUUAUUCCUCUCGGCUUCGUGUUUUGGAACUUGGGUGACUUGGGUGGACGCAUUGCCACCGCGAUGCCGUUUACGCUCAAAGACCGGCCGUUUGUCUUGUUCCUGUGCUCUGUCGCACGGGUCGCCUUCUUGCCGCUGUACCUCUUGUGUAACAUUGGUGGGCGGGGUGCCGUCGUGUCAAGUGACUUCUUUUAUCUCUUUGUUGUACAGCUCACCUUUGGCCUCACCAAUGGUUGGCUGGGCUCGAGCUUCAUGAUGGCCUCGGGGGAGUGGGUUGACGAGGGAGAGCGGGAAGCAACAGGCGGGUUCAUGGGCUUGUGUCUCGUGAUAGGUCUCACCGCGGGCAGCUUGCUGAGUUUCACCAUUUCGGAUAUAUGA